AACUACUACUGAACAAAGAAGUCAACGACAGUCAUCAUCAAAUCGAUCCAAAUUUGGUAUCUUCUUCUUCUUCUUCUUCUUCUUCUUCUUCACCAAUAGCACAAUGCCUGCUUUAAUCUUCUCCUCUCGGUUUCUCUUCUUCACCGUCACCCUCCCUUUGCUCGUUUCCAUCGCUCUCUACCGACUCGACACCUUUGACCCAGCGCACCACCCCGCUGACUCACUAGUCUACUCUAAUGCUUCAAUCCCGCCGCUUAUCAACGACAAACUUCUCACCGGAGCUGAGUUUAUCGGCGUCGGUCUCCUCAAUAGCCCCGAAGAUAUCGCAUACCAUGUAGACUCUGGUCUCAUCUAUACUGGCUGUGUUGAUGGAUGGGUGAAACGAGUCAAGGUCGCCGAGUCGGUUAACGACUCAGUCGUUGAGGAUUGGGUUAACACUGGAGGUAGACCGCUCGGUAUCGCUUUCGGAAUCCACGGCGAAGUCAUCGUCGCAGACGCUUACAAGGGACUGUUGAAUAUAAGCGGUGACGGGAAGAAGACGGAAUUGUUAACGGACGAAGCGGACGGCGUUAGGUUUAAGUUGACGGAUGCAGUCGUCGUUGCGGAUAACGGCGUUUUGUAUUUCACAGAUGGUUCUUAUAAGUACAAUGUCCAUCAGUUUAUUUUUGAUAUCUUGGAAGGUAAACCAUAUGGACGUCUCCUGAGCUUUGACCCCACCACACGUCUCACACGUGUGCUACUCAGUGGCCUUUACUUCGCUAAUGGUGUCUCUAUGUCUCCUGAUCAGACCCAUCUCGUCUUCUGUGAAACCCCCAUAAGAAAAUGCAGUAAGUAUUACAUUAAUGGAGGGCGUGUGGAGGUGUUCAUUCAAGGCUUACCAGGUUAUCCAGAUAACAUUCGGUACGACGGUGAUGGGCAUUACUGGAUUGCAAUGCCUUCGGGAGUAACAACGCUGUGGAAGCUUGCGAUGAAAUACCCGUUCUUGAGGAAAAUCACAGCCAUAGUAGCCAAGUACGGAUACGAACCUAUGUUCAUGGAGAAUGCAGGCGUUAUGAAGGUGGAUUUGGAGGGGAAUCCCAUCGCGUACUACCAUGAUCAGACACUCUCUCACAUAACCACCGGUGUCAAGAUUGGGAACUAUCUCUAUUGUGGAAGUCUCUCGCAUUCACGCAUCAUCCGACUCGAUCUCUUGAAAUAUCCUGCACAGAACAAGAAGCUUUGAAACCACACAAAAAGUUCAUAAAGUAGCCUGAAACAAUGAAUACAAAAAGUAGCCUGUAAUGAAUAUAGUUUUAAAGCCCACGAGGUUUCCACUA